CUCUUUGGCUGUCUCUUACACGUGGGUGGCGCAGAUGAGCGAGUUUCGCUCGCCCAAGACGGCGGGCGGCAGGUCGUUUGGUCGGUCUAAUAGGGUGAAAUUGCCGCCAUCCUCUCGUGAGGGCGAGAGGAAGAAAGGCGGUGACGACGGCGGAUCGAGCGAGGUUUUGUUGUGGCAUGGGGGCGCAGGAGCUCAAGUUCAACAGAGGAAGCGGCGUCUCGAGCAGAUGUGGAGAGAGAAGAGAGAAGGGGGUGAGUCGCCCGAGAGGUCGAGGCACCGCGGGGUUUCUUUGAGGAGGGAUUCGUCUGAGUCGUCGUCGGUGGUGGUGCCGUCUAAGAGCGUGGUGGUGCCGCCUGAUCGGAGGUUGUUGCAGGGAGCGCGUCAGCGUGGCGAAUUGAGGAAUGGGUCUAGAGUGAAGUUGGACUCGAGUGUUCAGAAUUACGAGGAGUUGGAGAGGCAGAGGGCGUGCGCGGAGGGGGGCAGGGACGGGCAGGAGAGGGGGGCGAAGGCGAGGGGGGUUGAGUCGGGGUUGGCGUCUUCGAAGUCGGAUGGGUUGCCUGGGUUGUGGGCGAUGGUUCGGACGUUGGGGACGUUUGGUGGGGAGGGGGAGGAGUUGUUGAGGGCGCUCGCGUCUCGAGUGCCGUUCCGAUGGUCGUUGUGCGAGAGAGAUGGGGGGGCGUUGAAGGUGGCGUGUCCGACGGUGGAGGAUUUGAGGGCGUUGAUGUCGGUGGGCGAGACGGAGGUGGGGGGGCAGAGGGUGGAGGUUAAGUUGUAUAGGUACAGUGGGAAGAGUGUAGGGAGCGAGUACGACUACGAAGGAGUGGUGAGGGAGAAUUAUUCGGCGGAGUCGGGGGUGUUAGACAUGUCUGGAUGGAGUUACCGCCAGAGAGAACAGCCGGGAUGCGCGUUGUCGGAUGGCGAGUUCAUGUGUGGUUUGUGCGAGUAUUUGGUACGGAGGGUACCGGAGGUGUCGGGGAUAGAUUUUUCGAACAACGCGAUUAGGGAAGUGGGAGAAUUGAGGCCGUUGGCGCAGUUGAAGGGGUUCAGGCGAUUGUCGUUGGCGAGUAAUUUGAUAGAGAGCGUGGGGAAGUUGGGUGUUUUGUCGAGGUUUAGCGAGCUGAUCGAGCUUAGAAUAUCCGGAAAUCCGCUUUGUGAGGAGGAGAACGCGCAGAUUUCGUUGAGGGCGUUGGUGCCGCACGUGACGGUUUUGGACGGCGUGGUCGUACCGCCGCUGAUUACGAUGGGCGUGGAGGAGCCGGGGUCGCCGAGUUUGCCCGAGUCGAUUCCUAUGUCGAUUCAGCCCGUGGAAUGGAGCGAGGUGGUGAAGGCGUUUUUGGACAAAUACAUCAAGGCGUACGAUGGGAAUCGAAAGGAGUUGCUUGGGGCGUACAAGACGGACAGUUUGUACCAUUGUUAUGGGUUUGCUUCGUCGAAGGGCGCGGCGGAUAGAGAGGGGGACGUGUUGAUGGGGGGGAAGUCUGUGAAAGUGCGCCAAUGUGCGAACAACUAUGACAUUAUAUCUGAGUUUUUGAGAUAUCCGCCGACAGUUCAUGAAUUGGAGACGAUUGAGUUAGAUUUUGCGUCGGCCGGUCGUUUUUUUUCUGGUAGUCAUGUCCUGGUUUUUCAGGGACUGAUUAGCAUUAAGCUCGCGGAUAAGGUUUCGAAGCGGCGGUUUUACCGCGCGUUCGUUCUUUGCGUGCAAUCGGCCGACAGCUGGCCGUUUGUGAUUGCGAACGAUCAGAUUCAUAUUUUUGCGCCAGGCAAGUUACGGCGCAUGGCGGUGCCGGUUGGGAGGAACCACUCGCGCAUCGUUGUGGGAUAGGGCGCAGGAGGGGGGGUCGCGAGCGGUCGAGAGGUGUUUGCAAGAGUUUAUGGCGUUCCCCUGGCCGGGGAGGUGUAUUUAGAUCGAGGUAGGAAGCAGCCUUUUUUUUUUUUAGAAAAGAGAAGCGAGGAAAAAAUUUUGUGUUUAUUUGGUUGGUGGCCGGGUUGCGCGCACAGAUUCGGGUCAGAAGCACGGGAACUGACAGCGGAAGGGCACACACCUAUGGAAGUUGAACCCGCGGCGAGUGAAGAUGGGGUGGACAUGGAGAAGGCGGAGGAGAGGUUGGAGGAGAUGGAGAAGAAGCAUCUGGAGGAGCGAAUUGACGAGUUGGAGGACGAAUGGAUGCGAUAUGACAGCGACGAUUCAGAGAACGAGAGGACGUUGGUCACGAUUGGGGACGUACCGGUUCGCUGGUACGAGGCGUUGGAUCACCUUGGGUACGACUUGGAAGGCGAAAAGGUCAAGAGGCCCAAAGGAGAGGGGGAGGUAGACAGAUUUUUAGCGUUGAACCGGGAUCGUUCAGGAUGGAUGUCUGUCUACAACGAGAAGACGGGAAAGAGGGAACUGAUAAGCGAGGGAGAUAUGAAGAUCAUCGAGGCGUUGAGAGAGGGCGUCGCACCGGCGAAAUACGAUCCAGAACAUUGGUUUAUACCGGUGUGCACAAUGAACCCCGACGUGAUGCCGACGAGCGGAGCGCUGAGGUCGAAGAGGGGGUUCGUGCCCAGCCGUUGGGAGGCGCAGAGGAUACGCAGGUUGGCGUACGCCUUGAGGAAGGGGUGGAUUAAGAAGAAGGUGAAGAAGGAGGUGCCGCGGUGGUACAUGAUGUGGAACGAUGACGAGGGAGUGGUGAAGGAGAGAGGAGGGAGAGUUCCGCCGCCGAGGAUGAGACUACCUGGAAACGUGGAGUCAUAUAGGCCGCCCGAGGAGUAUUUGUACACCGAAGAGGAAUUGAAGAAAUGGAAUUCGGGCAGAGAAGGGAAGAUGCUUCCGUUCGUGCCGAAGAGACACAAUGGGCUGCGCGAGGUGAGCGCCUAUAAGAAGUAUCUGAAAGAGAGGUUUGAGAGGUGCUUGGAUUUGUAUUUAUGUACAAGAGAGCAAAGGAGAAGGAAGCCGAUAGAUUUGAAGAAGUACGAGGUGGAGUUGCCCAAUCCAGACGAAUUGCGCCCAUUCCCAUCUAUAGAGAUGCAAAGAUAUGUCGGGCAUGAAGGAUACGUGAGAAAGAUCAGCUUGGAUCCAAAAGGGGAGUGGCUGGUAUCAGGAUGUCAAGAUGGCCGAGUUAGGUUGUAUGAAAUCAAAUCAACCCGUCUUUUAUCGUCUUGGAGCAUGAAUCAGCCCAUAACGUGCGUCGCCUGGUGUCCGAAUGCGACUAUUCCUAUGAUCGCUAUCACGACAGCAUCCACUCUCGGUGUUUUGGUCCCUCUCCCAAUUUUGUCCCCCGAUCAAAUUCAACAUCUUUCGGCCUUGUGGAACGACUACUCUGGCGGGUCCUCCUCUCGUGACAACGUUCAGAAACUCGUCUCUUGGAUGUUGCCCACAUCCCUUCAGCGCCAGGAAGGCUGGCGCCUCUUCAUCGAAUAUGAUCCAGAUCUUACUGGUGCCGAUCUUCACCAUGUCUCCUGGCAUCCUAUGGGCAACUAUAUUAGCACCUCUUCGCCCUCUGGACUCGCAUCAUCUAUUCUUAUUCAUCAAAUCUCCAAAAAGCGCACCCAAAAACCAUUCAAAUCCAGUCGUGGCAUCGUUCAUUCCACGCAGUUUCACCCUUCCAAACCCCUUCUUUUUGUCGCCACGCAUCACUCCGUCCGCGUCUACGACCUCUCUCGCUCUGUCACUCUGAUGAAUCUUCGCCCGAACGCGAAAAUGAUUUCCUGCAUCUCCGUCCACCCCUCCGGCGAUCACCUACUCGUCGGCACCUACGACAAAAAAGUCUGCUGGUUCGACCUCGAUCUAGGUUCUUCCCCAUACAAAGUUUUCCGCUACCAUAAACAGUGUGUGCGCUCGGUCCAAUUCCAUCCUCGCUACCCUCUCUUUGCCACCUGCUCCGACGAUGGCUCCAUCCACGUCUACCACGCUACCGUUUAUCAGGAUCUGCUCACGAACCCUCUCAUCGUCCCUCUCAAAGUCCUUCGCGGACACUCCAUCAAAUCAGACCUCGGCGUCCUCGACCUCGCCUUCCAUCCCACCCAACCCUGGCUCUUCAGCGCAGGCUCCGAUCGCACCGUCCGCCUCUUUGUCUAACCACCCCCUCAAUCGAAGCCUGCCGCUCUCCAAACACAAGCACGACGCGCACGUUCAACACAAACAAAAACGCUCGAAACACAUCUGUCACUCUUCAGCGCGUAAACGUCGACGUUCCAUACGCGCACUGUGUGCCGUGCAUUCAUACACCAUGCACAACACAUCCAUGCUAAUACAUAAUAAAUACACACACACACACUCAUCGA